ACAGAGCCUAUCCACAUCUCCUUCCUCUGCUGAGCACUAAAAGAGCACGAAGAAACACCAGCAGCUCUGACCUGAGUAGCCUUCCUGGGAAGAUGCAGCCACCCCUGCUCAUGCUCCUGCUGGCCUUUUUCCUGCUCCCCGCGGCAGAGGCAGGGGAGAUCAUCGGGGGACAUGAAGCCAAGCCCCACUCCCACCCCUACAUGGCCUAUCUUCACAUUACAAAUGAGAAGGAGUUCAGAUGUGGCGGUGUCCUUGUGGAAAAGAACUUUGUUCUGACAGCUGCUCACUGCAAAGGAAGGUCAAUCAGUGUCACCCUGGGGGCCCACAACAUUGAAAAGAAGGAGAAGACCCAGCAGGUCAUUCCGGUAAAAAGAGCCAUCCCCCACCCAGACUAUAAUCCAGAGAAGUAUUCCAACGACAUCAUGUUACUACAGCUGGCGAAAAACAUCAAGCAAACUGAUGCUGUGAAGCCCCUCCCACUUCCCAGGGGCAAGAACAGGUUGAAACCUGGACAGAAGUGCACUGUGGCCGGCUGGGGGAUGGUCACCACAUGGGGCAAAUACCCAGACACUCUGCAGGAAGUACAGCUGACCUUGCAGAAGGAUGAGGAGUGUGAAGGCCAUUAUAACUUACGCCGUUAUUACAACAGGACCAUUCAACUGUGUGUGGGGGACCCAUCAGAAGAUAAGGCUUCCUUCAAGGGGGACUCCGGGGGGCCUCUCCUGUGUAAAAAUGAGAUCCAGGGCAUUGUCUCCUAUGGAAGCAAGUAUGGGGAACCUCCACGAGCCUUCACCAAAGUCACCAGCUACCUUCCCUGGAUAAAGAAAACCAUGAAAAGCCUCCAACUGCAGGAUGCAGACCAUCUUCUCUGGAGCUAAUCCAGGAUCACACUGCGGGGAGGGAGGGGGUGCCAGCAACCAAAUAAAUGACUCUUAGCUGACGGGAAGAGCUAGGUUUUUGUUUAUUCUUUGUCCCUCGUGUGCUCAGAAGGCAAUGGCA